AUGCAAGCAGCAUGCAAGAAGCGUUUAGAAGAGAUUCAGAGCAUUCGAGUUGCUAAGCUAGAGCAUACAGCGAGCAAGCAGUAUCGAGCAAGCAGUAUGCAAGCAGUAUGCGAGAAGCAUUCAGAAGAGAUUCAGAGCAUUCAAGUUGCUAAGCUAGAGUAUAUAGCGAGCAAGCAGUCUAGAGCAAAUAGCAAGCAAGCAGUAUGCAAGCAGCAUGCGAGAAGUGUUCAGAAGAGAUUCAGAGCAUUCGAGUUGCUAAGCUAG